AUGAGUAACACAACGUGUUCAAGUCAAAAUCUUAAUGUUAAACAUGUUGCAACUCUGUUCGAAGAAGUUCAAAAUCGUUAUAUUAAAAAAUUAACAACUAUUGAUGAAAAACAUUUACCGACUGAUGAACGUCAUAAGCAAAAGUUAGCUGUUUAUGAAAGUUAUGUAAAAGAUUUAUCAAUUCAAACACGUUUACUCUUACAAAGUCUUGAUGAACUUGAGAAAGAAGCUAAUCAACGUGUCACUUUACUUGAAAAUAAACUUAAAAAAGCACAUGCAUCGUUACAACAACAUCAUUCAUUAUCAGAUGUAACAAAAAGUGUUAGCAGUAUUGAAUCGGAAAAGUGGAAAUUAAAUCAUGAAAAUCUUGAUUUAAAACAUGAUCUUGAUUCAUUAACAACAUUUAUAAAUACAGCUAAACGAACAGGUAAAUGGGAUACAAAAAGACUUCAAUUAAAAACUGUUCCACUUGAUCGUAUAAUUGGUAUAUCAAAUGAUGAUAUACAUCCUACAGUACCUUUACAUAAAGAAAUUCAAUAUCGUGAUGAACGUAUACAAGUUUUACAAGCUGAAAUUGAACAACUUCGAAAAACAAAAAAUGAAUUAGUUAAACAAACAUCAAAUAGACAGUCAUCUUUUUCUUCAUUUAUGGGAGAGGAUGAUUCAAAAGAACAAAAUAUUAUUCUUUCGAAAAAAGUUGAAGAUCUUCGUGCUAAACUUGUUGAAGACUGUCAAAAAACUGAAACACUUAAAAUGGAUAUACGUCACAAAACUAAUGAAUUAAAAGAACUUCAAGAAGAAUUUCAACAAAAUAAACAACGUUAUGAUGAACAUAUACAUGAUUUAUCAACAAAAUUAAAAACAAUAACAGAUCGUCAUCGAGAAUCAACAACAUCUCUUAAUAAUGAUAUUAAAAUAAAAAAACAACAAAUUGAACAAUAUACACAACAAAUUGAACAAAUUUUAAAUGAAAAAGUUCAACUUGAAAAUGAACGUAAUGAUUUACAACGACAAUAUCGUGUUAAAGAUUCGAUAACAGCUGAUCUAGAAGUACAAAUUCGUAAUCUUCAACGAGAAUUAACAUCAAAUAAUUAUCCAAUUAUACCUAUACAACCUGUUGAAUCAACUGUACCAAAAAUUGAAUAUGAAAAACUUGAUCAAGAAUUACAUUUAACUAAAAAGCGACUUGAUGGAAUUACAGCUGAACUCAAAACAAAAGAUGCAUUAAUUAAUAAACUUGAACAAGAUCUUCGAGCAUUAAAAAAAUCUCAUGAUGAACAAUUAGACCAACAUAUUGAAACAUCAACAAAUGAUGCUGAACAGUUACAUACAGAAAUUCGAGCAUUAAAACGUCUAUGUGAAGAAAAAAAAGAUCAAGUAUGA